UGUGACCUUUUGUCUCACUCUGGAGCUCAAACCACCCGCUGAGUGGUUUUUUUUUGUAAAAACUGGCCCUAGAAUGCAUGACAGCACUGGAGUGGAGGAAAAUUUUGUACCAGUUGACUUGCUGGCAACCCCAAGUAAGAAGCUGGACUAUUACCUGUCUUCAAAAAAGCAUUCUAUUAACAUUAACCAGAAUCAAAUCUUGGUUAUACUCAUACUCAUAUUUCUGAUAGUUACAGUGCUUGGACUUAUAACAGGUUUGUUAGUACCUAGAAGAAAAUUGCAUGAGAUAUCAUCAUCAGAGUGUUUUGAAGCUGCAUGCCCAGAAAGCUGGAUUGGUUUCCAAAGAAAGUGUUUCUAUUUUUCUGAUGACAUCAGAAAUUGGACGUUUAGCCAGAGGUUUUGUGACUCAUAUGGUGCUGAUCUUGUUCAGAUUGAAACCCUCCUGGAACUGAAUUUCCUAUUGAGGUAUAAAGGCCCCUAUGACCACUGGAUUGGGCUCAGCAGAGAUUUAGGCCAACCAUGGAAAUGGGUAAAUGGCACUGAAUGGACCAACUGUUUUCCUAUCAGAGGAGGUGGAGAGUGUGCCUAUUUGAAUGACAAAGGUGCCAGUAGCGCUAGGCACUACACGGAGAGGAAGUGGAUUUGUUCCAAACCAGACAUAUAUGCCCAGAUUAAGAGGCAAAACUCUAUCUGAUCUUCAUAUAGUCAUUGGGAUGUUUCACUAGAUGUAUAUGAUACAAUCUAGUUUGACCCACUUUAUUGCAUAUUGCAAUAUUUCAUUUUCUUAUUAUUGAAUAUUUUCUAAAAUAAAAUUCAAUUUUUAAAAAAGAUUGUAUUUAUUUAUUCAUGAGAAACACUGAGAGAGAAAGAGAGAGAGAGAGAGAGAGAGAGAGAGAGAGAGGCAGAGUAAGAAGUAGCUCCAUGAAGGUUGCCUGACUGUGGGGCUCAAUCCCAGGUCUCCAGGAUCACACCUUGGGCCGAAGGCAGGAGGCAUGGCCCAUUUCAAAAGUUCAUGGUUAAGAUUGCUUUGGCUAUUUGGGGUCUUUUGUGGUUCCAUACAAAUUUUGGAUUGCUUGUUCUAUCUCCAUUAAAAAUUCUGCUGGCACUUUUGAUAAGGAUUGCAUUAAAUGUGUAGAUUGCUUGGGUAGUAUAGACAUUUUAGCCGUAUUUGUUUUUCCCAUCCAUGAGCAUGGAAUAGUUUUCCAUUUCUUUGUGUCUUCCUCAAUUUCUUUCAUGAGUGUUCUAUAGUUUUCAGAGCAGAGAUAUUUUAUAUCUUUGGUUAGGUUUAUUCCUAGGUAUCUAUAAAAUCAAGCUAUCAAGCUGAUACAUGAAGUGUGAUAUUUUUACACCUUCAAAAAGUUUAGAAGGACAGAAUUUCUAAUACCCAAAAACUAGUAUUGAGAGACUAAAAAAACUGAUGAAUGUAAAAUUGUACUAUAAUAUGUAAGAAAUACCAGAAAUAUUAACCUCUGGGGAAGAAAAUUGUACUAUAAAAUUGUACUAUAAUAUGAAAGAAAUACCAAAAAAAUAUCAAAAUACCAAAAAAUACCAAACUCUGGAGAAGAAAAAAAUGACAGUUGGGAAAAGGUUUCACUUUUUUUAUACUACUGUAUUGAUGAUCUU